GCUCAACUCUUCUCUCCAAUGCUGGAAGAUUCAAAAUUCACAUUCCAGAGAUUUUAUAAAAGGAAAUAUCCUCUGGAAAUUUUGACCCUUUCAUCCCAAUUCUCUCUCUUUAUCUCUGCAAUUGUGGUUUGAACGAUGUCGGCGUACCGAUGGAAGUCCUUUCACGAGAACGAAGACCGGCCGGAGAAGCCUCGCCGGUACGGCGUCACAGAAAUGAGAGGCCCCAAUCACACUCUCUUGACCCAAAACGUCCUUCAGGAUAUUUUCGAGUCGAUGGGGGACAUUGUGGAUGGGCUGAAGUUUGCUGGAGGUUCGCAUAGCUUGAUGCCGAAGUCGUUUGUUAAAGAGGUGAUUGAUGUGGCUCACCAACAUAACGUGUAUGUAAGCACUGGUGAUUGGGCUGAGAAUUUACUUCGAAAAGGCCCUUCGGCUUUUAAAGAGUAUGUGGAGGAGUGUAAGAGCUUGGGAUUUGACACAAUUGAGCUGAAUGUGGGAUCUCUCGGAAUGCCUGAGGAAACGCUUCUGAGACUUGUGCGCUUGAUUAAGAGCGGUGGCUUGAAGGUGAAGCCUCUGUUUGAAGUCAAGGUUAACGAGUCUGACAUUCCUAUUGGUGAUAGAGCGUUCGGAGCCUAUGUUGUCCCGAGACCAAGAUCAUCUGAAUUUGUUGAAGAUGUUGAUCUGUUGAUUAGAAGGGCUGAGAGAUGCUUAGAAGCUGGGGCUGACAUGAUAAUGAUUGAGGCUGAUGAUGUCUGUAAACAGGCUGAUUCAAUGCGGCCAGACAUAAUUGCAAAGGUCAUUGGGCGCCUUGGUGUCGAGAAGACCAUGUUUGAAGCAUCAAAUCCAAGAACCUCGGAGUGGUUCAUCCAGCAUUAUGGUCCAAGGGUCAAUCUGUUUGUGGACCACUCUCAUGUGAUGGACCUGGAGUGCCUCCGGGGACGCAACUUAGGUAGAAACCAUGCUUCUGUGUUGGGCUCCUCGUAUUUUCUGUUAUAAACACUGUGAUCAGUCUUCAACCUGGAAAAAAAGGAGAAACUAGAGAAUGUGAUCACAAGAUGUGCGCCUAUGUGUGGAUGUCUCUUGUUGUGUCUUGUCCUGUUGUCUUGUGAAUUUGUGCUGUUAAUGUUUUAUCAAGUAUGUAUUACUCCAAGGUCUGUAACAUUACUGAAAACUUUUGCUCAGUAAAAUUUGCUCUGUCACAGUACGAUUCAACCUUCGAA